AUGGUAGCUGAAGCAAUGAAAAUGGAAGACCCACACUCAACUCUAAUGGAGAAAGGAGAGAAGCUGCCUGCGCCCAAGCCCCCCAGCAAAUAUGAGACAGUGUUCCAGCCCUGCCUGGCUGAGAUUUUGGGGACCAUGUUCUUCGUUUUUAUCGGUUGUGUGUCUGUUAUUGAGAAUGUGCCGGCAGCUGGACGGCUGCAGCCAGCCCUGGUGCAUGGACUGGCUGUGGCAGUAUUGGUGGCAGUCAUGGAUAAGAUCAGUGGAUCCCAUUUCAACCCUCCCUUCACUAUUGCUAUCUACCUGUGUGGAGGCAUGGAGCUGAUGAUGGUGGGACCAUAUCUUGUCAGCCAGCUGAUUGGAGGAGUGCUUGGAGCUGGAAUGGCCAAGCUGAUGACCCCCGCAGAACGCUACUACAAUGCCACAGGAGCAGCGUUUGAUAUCCUCAAGUCAGACAGCCAGCUGUCCGGGGCCAUCUUUGGGGAGGUGACCAUGACCUGCCUGGUCACAAUGGUGGUGCUGCUAGUGGCGGUAAACAAUAAGACGAAGACCCCACUGGCUCCAUUCCUGGUGGGCUGUACCGUGACCAUCAACAUCCUGGCAGGGGGCGACGUGUCAGGAACGUGUCUGAACCCUGCCAGGGCUUUUGGCCCAGCUGUGAUGGCCAACUACUGGAACUACCACUGGGUGUACUGGGUGGGUCCCAUAGGAGGAGGCCUGGUGGCCACUGCUUUGCUCAGGGUCCUUCUCGGCGAUAAUAAAUUACGAGUCGUUAUGAAGUCAUAA